AUGACGCCAACCACACCGCGAUCACAUUCCACUCGGAAGUAUGCCGAGCCUACCAUCCAGAUCCUUGUUGGGGACCGACAAGAGCCAUUCCAUGUCCACUACUCUUUCCUGGCAAAGACGCACUUCUUCCAGAUUCACGGCCAUCCAGCUAUACAUCGGCCUUCUGGUCCUUCAACGCCAGCGUCAGAGAAUUCUCCUACGCCUAGCGAGAAUACAGUGGUUGCAGACGAAGUCGAAAUCAAAGAAGAACUGAAUGAAGAUGAACGUAUUGAAAACAACCAAGCGACAUCAGUGACAAGCACGUCUUAUACGCUGAAGGGGAUAAUUUACGAACCCGAAGCCUUUGAGAUCGUCGUGAACUCUUUGUACCACGUUUCCCCUCAAACUCCAUCGCACCGGUCUGCCUUACGCAAUUUUCGUAAGGCAUAUUGUUUGGCGUUACAAUACAGAAUGAGCAGGCUUCAGGAUGACAUUGUUGACUGCUUCCGAAACUUUCACGCCAUCUACAAUGUACACUUUGACGACCUCCUCUGGCUCGCAAGGCGCAUCAGUGGCGAUGAAGCCGUUGUUUGUCAAGUACCUAUCAUCCAAUAUUUGGUUGAGCAAUGUGCCUACGAGAUCUACCGCGAAGGACACGACUCCUUUCAGCACCAUAGCCCGGGCUUCCAAGGGUUUCUUAGGAACGGAAACAGCUCUCUCAGGUUUGAACUCUUCAAGGCGAUGACCAGAAUUGCUAUGGCGGAGCAUGCACCGGAUCCUGCGCUUGGCCUCAACCAGUGGAAGGUCCAGGAUUGGCCUCAAUACGAUCCGAAUGCAUCUACGGAGCAUUCAGUUGAGGUCAUCGAUAUUGACGAUUAA